GAGCUUUUUUAUAGUUCAGGGAUUUUUAUCAGGUCAUUCUGGUAAACCAACUGUAGUAAACCACCAGCAGUGUGUGUCUGCGUCUGUGUGUGUGAUUGUGUGUAAUGUGUGAGUGUUACAGGAUCAAAUAUAACUAACAGAAUCGCCAUUUGAGGCGAAAUGCAUCCAACUCGAGUGUCGAUCCCGUCGUUUCGUUCAGAAAACAACUCAAUGGAGAAAGGAUACACGGUCUUUAAAAUUGACGUUCUGGUGAAUGGAAGGUUGUACAGUGUUGAGAAACGCUACAGUGAAUUCCACGCUUUGCACAAAAUGCUAAAGAAAAGCAUCAAACCACCAGAAAUUCCUUCAAAGCACGUCAGAAACUGGGUUCCUAAAGUGUUGGAGCAGAGGAGGCAUGGCCUGGAGCUCUACCUGCAGACUAUAAUCAUGGAAAAUGAGGUUCUUCCAAAGAUAUUCCUGGAUUUCCUCAACAUCCGCCACUUUCCUUCAGUGCCAAAAACUGAAAGCUGUGGGUCUUUUGAUACAGAAUCAGAUGAAUUAAGUAAACUUUCUCAUCAGCCAGUCACGCUGUUCCUCAGAGAUCCCUACCUUCUCCCCUCUGCACACGACUCAUUAUCCAACGUGGUGAUUGAAGGGGUGGUUCAUGGCGUUUUCUACCCAGAUCUUCAGCCAAGGUAGAGCCCUGCUGAGAUGGAUUUAAAGGGGCACGUCUUCAUGAUUGGAUGCUUGUCUCCCUCUCAGGCGUGCAUCAAGGAGACAUGGUCCCAUCUGCUGAGCCUCAUUUUUAAUAACUUAAGUAGAAAAAUAUUUUUUUAAUACAAAGAAAACGUCUGCAUUAAUGUCAACACUAACCCUACUAACUAACUAACUAACUAACUUCUACGUGAUUACUUUAAAACUAAUCUCUAAUAGUUUAAAUAUUUUAAUUUAUCUUUGGAAUGUACAAAAGAGUAAAUAGUUUAAAAAGGGAUCAUUUCCUGUUUUAUGAUAAAAUAAUGAGAGAAAUAAGCACACAGAACAACUACGGGGCUCGUUUAUGUAGAGCAGGAAUGGGAGUUUAGCAGGGAUGUGUCAGAAAGCUCUCUGAGGAGACAGAGGGAGGACUGGGAUGGACGGAAGGUUUACUCACAAGGAGGUGUUGUUCUCUUAGCGGCCCCUUUUGAGCAGCCAGAUGAAGGAGAAUAGAGGGUGGAGGAAGUCUGUUCUGGUGGAGACGAUGUUUAAAAAUAGCUGCGACUGGUUUAAUUAUGAGAUCAGAUGGGUGGAGACGACUACAAAGAAAACGUGACUUGUUCAGAAAAGAUUGGGACGAGAGAGGGAGUAGCGCUCUAUUUUUAUUUAUAGGUGAUUACUUCCUUUCCUCCACACUAACCCACUUUGUAUUUAAAAAAGGGAAAUAUGUAAAAAUUAAUUAUAUUUCAUUUUUAUCUGAAUAUUUUAAUCCAUCAUUUAGUCUCAAACUAUUUUAAUUUUCUAAUCAAUGUUUUGUUGCAGUGUUUUUGUACGAACACUGAACAGUGGCCCUAAAGAUCGUUAACACUAACAUCAGCAGUUGAAUCAGCACAUUUUAGGUGAGUUGUGACGUAUUAAAGAGGUGAAAAUGGUGCUUUGUCAGAUAGAGGCAAAAAAAAAAACCACUCAGCCAGUAAAACAUUGUGCAAUAUGAAAUGAACAACUAAUCUGUGUUUUAUGUGUCCAGAACCUGUGAAACUAUAAAAAAAAAAACAUUUCAAUUAAAAAUAUUUGUUUGGUGAUACUUUGUGUUGCAUGUUUGAACAGUAGUUAAUGAUCAAGCUGUUGGUCUAAAUUCCAUUACUCAACACAGAUGAAGACUGAAUUACAACUACUGACAGAAACCUGCUUUAGAAGCUUGUUGCCGAUUUCUUUGCAUUGAAUAUUAUAUAAACGUUGUAUAUUAAAUGUGUCGUGUCUGUGCCAUUAAACCAAAAUACAGUGAAUUCUGAUGAUUUCACUGUAACACUAUGUCACAAACUAACGCCAAUAAAAAAAAAUUCCGGUGGAAAUUUUCCACAAACCUU